AUGCAUCUUCAUGUCCUGCUCGUUGCCAGUCUCGCCUUAACCUUGCCAGCGAUUCGAGAUGAGCACUUUUCCUACCUGGAUGUCAUAGACUCCCGGAAAGAGAGCCCAUGUCCAGAAGCCAAGCUCGUGGGGUCCGUGCCUACAGUGUUCGAGCUCAACUACAGCCAUGCACGGGAGCUGGACUUCGCAGAUGACUGGGCCUUCAAAGCCAACCCCGGCUGCCAGGGACCUGCGGUGUGCACUGCUUCGGUCGCCCCUGUCAUCAAUAGUACUGACCCAUUCUUUGGCUCGAAGGCGAUGAUCACUGCCUGGUCCGACUGCCAGCAAGCCAAGGGUUCCCGGAUCUUCCUCUGCGGUGUGCGCGACAACAGCUGCAGGGCGGUUAUCACGAUCCCGACCCACUUUACGCGCCUGCGGCAUUUGGUCAGCUUCUUGAUUCCGGCGCGCAGGAUGCAGCGCCUGGAUGCGAUGGGGGGUGUCUUCGAGGAUUUUGUACUCGAGGGCCUAAUGCUGCUGAACGUGCUGGUGACGACAAGUGCCGUGUACUGGCUGCUGCGAGAGCUCUACUUGCUGUUCUGUCUGCCAGCGCUGGACAUGCAUGCAGUCGAUGUGGAUGAGCAUCUGGUCAUCCCUGAAGCAAUCGACAUCAUGCUGGAGGGAAUGCUGGACGCGAUUUGUUUUGUUUUGGGCUGUAUGCUGCUUCUGCUAGCUGCUUCCACCUUCUUGAAGAAGUUUGGGAGCAAUGACAACCCGACGGAUGCCAUCAUUCUGACUUAUCCACUACUUUUUGGGCCACCGGCUUUAUUGCGCAUCUUCCUAUGCAUUUGCCGCAGGUUGCUAUACCACGCUUUGUUCAAGCACGGAGUGAUCAUCGACUUCAGCAAGGGCGUGUCGCAGCACGACUUCCUUUUGUCAUGGAGCUACCUGGGCUUCGUGGUGGCCGUGGGGAUCUUGAUCUUUGAUGCCUACAUCCGCGUGCAUGAAGGACAAGUUACGGCAAAAGCUAUGACGAUCAACGUCAUCGUGUUCACGUCCCCCCUCUAUUACAUGAUCUCCUCGUUGCUAAACUCGCUUCGGGUUGAGCAGGAGGCCAUCAAGCGUACCUGCCUACAAAAGCUGGAAAAGACGUACGGCCCCGAUGCCCCGGAGGAAGUAUCACCAUCCGCCAAGCACAAGCUUUGCCCCUUGGCUGAGGGCAGCAUCUGCCGAGCCGCGCGUGAAAGGAAAGACCUGCAUCUGAGCAUAAAGCUGGCGAAGGAAGCCGAAGACAGACAUGACAGUGAUGAGCGUUUCGGGUUGCGGGACAUGUUCUGGGUGCCACGGUUAGUGUCGGGCACUGGCCGGUCGACCUGUGGAGCUUUGCUGCUGGUGAUAUCCAUGCCCGCCGUGGCCUUCUUGACAAUGCUCUUGGCGCUGGUGAGCAUGGCUUGGUUCAUCAAGCAUCGCACAGACAUUCCGGAAAUGGGAUCAAUCGUGGCUGACGUUCCUGGAUUGCAUCCCAGCUUCACGCCCGAGGUUCAGAAUUAUGCGUUCUUCAUUCUGAACACCUACAGCGGCUUCACCUUGACCUCCGAGGCGGAUCCCGAGCGGACCACCUUCCUGAAGAACACGGUCUUUGAUGGAUCGACAGAGAUCACCGACGCCUCCGGUGAAUCAACAUCAGGAGUGUUGAUUCACACUGUGCCCUUGCGACGCGUGAACGCCACAUACCCCACCACGGUUUAUCUCACGGCUGGCACCUUCAGCCAGGUGCAGACGUACAGGAUCACCGUCAUUCAUGUGAAGCCAACCUUCAGAACACUCAUGCUGAGAGGCAUUGCGGACAAUGGCAAUGAAUACACCGAAUGCAUUCCGGGCAAGAACGUCGGCCAUAGUAUACUGACGAUUCCUGACAACUUGGUCUCAUUGCGUGUGGAGGCUGCGUUCGACCAGUUCUACUUCGGCAUACCGUUUACCGACGCGAGGCCUAGUCAAAUCACCACCAUAUUCAUGUCCAAUAGUGACGACUAUGGCUCCGUUGGAAGGUGGCACUGUGAUGGCUGGUGCCAGCGGCAACUGCAAUGCCUGGGCUUCCAAGACAGCCGUGAGGGCUGCUACUUCGCGAUGGCUCCCACGGGAGCUCUUCGCUGCGGCAACCAUAACGCUGAACCUGGCAGCCAGUCUUUGGUCGAGACGCUUAAUUUGACGGCGCAGAUCUGCAGCACUGUCGCUAACGACCGCGUGUGCACCCCGUCGAUCAACACUGAGAUGGGCCUGGUGCAUGCAGACAUCUCACAACUGGUUUUGGCUGACGAUGUGGAAAGCCCAGCGGUUACGAUCAAGGCGACAAUGAUCUCGGCAUCUACACUGCACAACUUCCUCCAACAGAAGGUGUACUUCCAGCUGGACACUCCGAAGGUCCGUCUCCUUGCGCAGACGGACCUUCGCUUCUGGAGAGCAGAUACGGAUCCAAGCAAAGUCCAGUACUCUAUGAUGACUGGGGUCGAUCAACCAGGUUGGAGCUCUCCGCAGAGGAUUGAUGUUUCUCUGCACUAUGAUCCGCUCGUCUCGCGAAGUCGGAACAUCACCAUGUACUUUGCGGCACUCCUGGACGACGAGGACUUCUAUUUCGAGUGGCUUGAUGACAAAGCCACGUUGCUCGAUACGAACAAGAUUUGGGUGGAUUUUCGCGAAUGCAACGAGAGCGAGAGCAUGGCCUUCUAUGAUGUCUGCGGUGGGCCGUGGAGCACAAGUCUGGCAACGGUAACUGUGGACAAGUGGAGCCCACACACUUUGAUUUCGGGCAUUGUUCGACCGAGAAACAAGCAGAGCGUCUUCAGGAAUCGCGAAGUCAGUAUUUCGACGAUUUUUGCAGAGGGACGUUUCGAGGCACUACAAGAUCUGGUGUAUGAGACUUGCUCUGUGCCCAUCUGCCGUGGCCACUUGGACGAGUGCAUGGAGGCUGCCUGCAAAUCGGACUCCUGCAAGGAGUGGUGUCUUAGCGAGGCUCAUCGCUUUUGCACGGAAGAUCCGCAGAGAAGAGGAGGCUACUACAUGGGCACUGUGAUUCCUCGCGGGUUGAGCCCGAGCGACAGCCGGACUUGGUUGACUAGAAAGCCGUUUCGUCACUGGAUCUACGUCGACAUUUUCCCCGAGUUCCGGCGCUUCUUCACCCGGGAGGUCGUUGUCGACAUCGCUGAACAUUGUCCAUAUCGAAGUGGGCUCUUCAGCCUCGUGAGGCACCAGAUGCUUGAUAGCCUUGGCAUGCCGGCGGGUUUCCAAAUUCUGGAAGCUCUGGCGAGAAACGAUAACAGAGAUGUGGAGCUGGACACGAAGUUCGACCAGAAUCCGGUUUUGAAAGCCCUGUUUGACAAUUCCAAAGAGGACUUUCUCAAAAUGCUACCUCUGCCGCUGGUAGCAAUGUACAAGCCGAAGUUGAACCGCCUGAUGCUGCCUGUCUGCCUGGCGACGGAUCCGAAGUCGAGCCUCUUCAGCGUGGACCUGUUCACGUACUUCGUUGACAAGAUCAUAGUGGACUUCCACUCCGACGACAGCGAUGGUUUUGUGAAAGCAUCUCGCACCUUGGAUGACCUCGUGAAAUGCGUUCAAAGGAAAGGUCGCUCGUUCAAGCCUUUUUCUUCAUCCCAGUGUCGCGGCUCUGCGUCAUUCCAUUUGCUGCCGGAUGGAACAAAGCCAUCGCUGCUGAGCUUGGCGCCGAGCGAAAAGGUCUUCAAGAGUCUGGUGCAAGUAUGCAACGUGUCGGGUGUGCUGGACCAUGACAAGACAGUGUUGCACUUGGCCGCGGAGAAGGGGUAUAACCUUGCGAUGAAGUUUGUUUUCGCGCAAAAGAGGGACUUGCCCGAUGUCAAUGCUGGGUACUCCUCAACUCGAUCAGGGGGCAAAUUAAAGGUGCACGUAGACGGCAUUACGGCGCUGCACAACGCGUGCGAGGCAGGCUGCGCUGAUUGCGUUCAGCUGCUUCUGGCGCAUGGGGCGAAGAAGGAGGCGAUCACCGAGUUGAAGGCCUUCCCCGCUUGGUUCGACGCGGCCAUUCACCCAUGGAUGUAUGAAGCCCUGACAGACUUCCGUGAGAAAGGCCACAAGCAGUUCAGGUAUCCAGUUCUGGUGAAUGUGCGACCAAUUCACAUGGCGGUGAAAAAUAUGUGCCAAGAAUGUAUAGAGCAGCUCAUUCAGCAUCACGUGGACGUCAAUGCCCAGACACGUCUUGGCUACGAGCACAGUUAUUACCAGCGCAGUAGCACCACCAGGAGUUACGAGCAGGUGAACAUGAUAGGCACGGAUGCUUGCGUUUUGAAGCCUUUGGACCUUGCCUUAGCCUUCGGCACGGUCGAGAUGGUGAAGAAAUUCAUGGCAGCUGGCGCAGACAUGACAAGUAUCAUGGUGGAUUCGAAAGCCAAGCUACUCAACAAUGCAGACUUUCUGAAGAGGCUGAACAUCGUCAAUUCGACCCAAAACGCGCUGGAAAUUGAUCGGUGUCAGCACUGGAAACUGGCCGAUGCCAAGGGGGAGAAGAAGCUCUCUCCCGGUCUUCUGCUGCAUCUGUUCUGA